AGUGGGGGCUGCCAGGCGUGGGGAUUUCCCCAUGUCUGGUGUGGGAGAUGGUGAUGUGGAUUUGUCUCUUGGGAGGGACCCCAGCGUGGAGGACUGUCAGCUCGGCCCCGAGGUGAGGUCUGUGAAAUCUGAAAUAUCCGGGGAGUGUAAUUUGGGAGGAGGAGUCAGAGGUGGUGAUGUAACUCUGGAAGUGGAGAGGGGUCACCUUAGUGAGCGAUGAGAGGGACAGGGCUGGAGGCUGGGAAAUUGUGUGUGUGCAGAAGCCAUGAUAUCAUGAGGCCCGAGAAAUGGGGUCAGGUGUGUGGGCCAGAGUGGGCGUCCGCAAAGAGCUCGCGAGGUCGAUGUGCUGACAUCGCGGAUUGGCGAGGGCGGGGCCUCGAAGGCGCGGCUGAGAUGCGGGGUCAAGAAGCUGAGACGGAGAAAAGAAGCUGGGAGAGACUUAGGACUGGAACGAAACCAGCGACCAGGAUGGGCCACUGGUCACAGAGCAAGGAUGGAGGAUGCAGUGACACUGGCCAUGGACCAGCCAGCUGGCCUGCAGGUGGACUACGUCUUCCGAGGUGUGGAGCAUGCUGUGCGGGUGCUGGUGUCUGGGCAGGUGCUAGAGCUGGAAGUGGAGGACCGGAUGACAGCUGACCAGUGGCGGGGCGAGUUCGAUGCCAGCUUCAUCGAAGAUUUGACUCACAAGACGGGGAACUUCAAACAGUUCAACAUCUUCUGUAACAUGCUGGAGUCGGCCCUCACGCAGAGCAGCGAGUCGGUCACCCUUGACCUGCUGACCUACACAGAUCUGGAGUCCCUGCGGAACCGCAAGAUGGGGGGCCGCCCAGGCCCCUUGGCCUCGAGAUCCGCCCAGCUCAACUCCAAGCGCUACCUGAUCCUCAUCUACUCUGUGGAGUUUGACAGGAUUCACUACCCGCUGCCCCUCCCGUACCAGGGCAAGCCGGACCCCGUGGUCCUCCAGGGCAUCAUUCGCUCACUGAAGGAGGAGCUGGGCCGCCUUCGGGGGCUGGACCACCAGGACCCUCGGGACCCCCGGGACUCCGAGAUCUGGCACCUGCGGGAGCAGGUGUCGCGCCUGGCUUCGGAGAAGCACGAGCUGGAGGCGCAGCUGGGCCGGUCGCGCGAGGAGGCGCUGGCGGGGCGGGAGGCGCAAAUCGUGGGAGGAGGGACGCGAAGGUUCGGAGCUGGUGCAGGCCGGGAAGGAGCUUGGGACAGGACUUGUCCUGGCCGGUGGGAAACUGACAGCGGGUCCUGUUCCCCCAGGAGACGGACUCCGCCAGUGGUUCCGCCCCCGGCCCGGGAGGACCGGGCUGCAUCGUCUCGGGAGCGCUCCACGUCGCGUGGCCGCGGCGCUGCCCGCUCCUCGUCCCGGGAGAGCGGCCGUGGGGCUCGGGGUCGAGGCCGUCCCGCCCGCCCCUCGCCCUCCCCCACAGGUGGUCGCGUCCCGCGUUUGGACCCCACAGCCUUUGUGAAAGCCAAGGAGAAGAAGCAGAGAGAGAUCAAGAUGAAACAGCAGCAGCAGCAGCAGCAGCAGCAGCGGAACCGAUUUGGCAGCGGAGGAAGCGGGGACGGCCCGUCCAUCUCCUGGGCUCGCCAGACUCGGCCUCCUGCUGCCGUGACCUGCCGAGGGGACGCCAACCGCUCCCGACGCCGCAGCUCCUCCGUGGACAGUUUCCGCAGCCGCUGCUCGUCCGCCAGCUCCUGCAGCGAGUUCGAGGAUGUCUCCGAAUCCCUCCCCAGAGGCGUCCACCGCCAUCGGAGGAAGCCUCCUAGCCCCACGAGCUGGAGUGGGUCCAAUACGCUGCAGAAGUUCACCCCCGUGGAACGCGGCCGCUCUCAGAGAUACCUGGCCAGUUCUGGGGGCUGGGGACCCAUCAAAGAAUACAGCUCCGACCACCAGGCGGCAGACAUGGCCGAAAUAGACGCCCGUCUGAAGGCCUUGCAGGAAUACAUGAACCGACUGGACACGCGGUCGUGACCUUGGAGAGGGAGCACUGCCCCUCCAUCCCCUACCCACCUUUGGAUUUGGGUGGGGGCGGGGCUGGCAUGCUUCCAGCCCCGCCCCUUCUGGUGCUCUGGGGUCUCAGGUGUGUGAGGCCCUGGCCCCUCCCGCUCUCCCAGGCAUUGCGUGCUGGGAGGGUCUGUGUAUUUUGUAAAUAAAUAUAUUUGCCCUUGGAA